GGUCAUGUGACCGCCGGGCGCAGUCGGAGAGCCGCCGCAGCACAGGUGAGGACAGACCAUGUGGUGUGUGUUGGUGUGUGUUUUCCUCCUCGCUGAUGUCAUCCAUGGCGGGGCGACCGCCGGGGCUUGGCGCCGCUCUGAUGGCCGACGGCCGAGACUGGACCCUGAAGUGAACAUGAACAUCACGGAGAUCAUUCGGCGGUGGGGCUACCCUACGGAGGAGUACGAGGUUCAGACGGAGGACGGGUACAUCCUGACUGUGAACAGGAUCCCUCGGGGACUCAAACCCUCGGCAGGUCCAAAGCCGGUAGUGUAUCUGCAGCACGGCCUCCUGGCCGCGGGCAGUAACUGGAUCACCAACCCGCCCAGCACCGGUCUGGGCUAUGUGCUGGCGGACGCCGGGUACGACGUGUGGAUCGGAAACAGCCGAGGAAACACCUGGUCCAGGAAGCACCGGACGCUGAGUCCGGACAGCGAGGAGUUCUGGAGGUUCAGUUAUGACGAGAUGGCUCUGAAGGAUCUCCCGGCGGUCGUCGACCACAUCCUGAAGGUGACGGGUCAGGAGCAGAUCUUCUACAUCGGACACUCUCAGGGAACCACCAUCGCAUUCAUGGCGUUCUCCUCGCUGCCGGCGCUGGCCAGUAAGAUCCGCCUGUUCUUGGGUUUGGCUCCCGUGGCGACCGCCGCCUUCACCGACAGCCCCAUGACCAAACUGUCCAUCCUGCCGGACAGCAUCGUCUGGGACACCUUUGGGAAGCGGGACUUCCUGCCCCAGAGCAAAUACAUCAAGUGGCUGGCCGAACACUUCUGCUCCAAGCAGCUGCUCAGCGAGCUGUGCGGGAACCUGUUCUUCGUCCUCUGCGGCUUCGAUGAGAAGAACCUCAACAUGACCCGGACCCCGGUCUACACCACCCACUGCCCCGCCGGGACCUCCGUCCAGAACAUGGUCCACUGGGCCCAGGCCGUUCGUCGGGGGAAACUGAUGGCGUUCGACUUCGGAGCCGAAGGAAACAUGAAGCACUACAACCAGACCAGCCCCCCCGAGUACCGGGUCCAGGACAUGAAGGUUCCCACGGCUCUGUUUUCAGGAGGACACGACACUCUCGCGGACCCCAAGGACGUGGCGGUGCUGCUCACCCAGGUGUCCAACCUGGUUUACCACCAGCACAUCCCGCACUGGGAACACCUGGACUUCAUCUGGGGUCUGGACGCUCCGGAGCAGAUGUUUCCGUCCAUCCUGAAGCUGCUGCAGGAGCACCGUUAGAGCCGCCUGGCAGGCGUUGGGUCGACCUCUGGA